AUGUCCGCAACGUGCCGUUCCGUGCGGUGGUUCGCAGGGGUUACCCUUAGCCUCGCUGCCGCUGCCUUUGCAGAGACUAUCGGCGCGAAAAUCAAUGGCGAAGGCAUAACCGAAAUCUUUGGAAACUCGUUUGGCAUGCCUGGCACUGACAUCACAUAUGACUACAUUGUCGUUGGUGGUGGCACGGCCGGCAACACCAUCGCCGCGCGUCUGGCUUUAGAUCCCGCCAACUACACGGUUGGCCUGAUCGAGGCGGGCACCUUUUACGAGAUAGCCAGCAGCAACAGGACCCAGGUCCCUGGAUACAACUUUGCGGCGGCGAAUCCGACAAACGUCGGCACGCUCAACUCCCUGACAGCCGUUCAGAUCAAUACAGAGCCCAUUGCCGGAUACAACGGUCGCAAAGUUGGUUACACUCAAGGCCUGACCUUUGGUGGCGCCACCGCUGCCAACUACGGCGGCUACUCUCGCUCCACAAUCGGCGCCCAUGACCUAUGGGCAAAAGAAGUCAAGGAUGACUACUGGUCCUGGGACAAUGUCUACCCCUUUUACAAAAAGAGUUGCACAUUCACCGAGCCCGACUACACCAAGAUAGACCCCAAGUACAACAUCACCUAUGACCCCUCCGCCUUUGACGCUUCGGGCGGCCCGCUCCACGUGUCGUACGGGAAUCACGUUGGCGAAUCUAUGCUCGGUAUUGGCGCCUCGUUGGAAUCACAGGGGCUGGAACACAUUGACGGCUUCAACAGCGGAAAGCUCCUCGGCUACGGCGCGAUUACCUCGAACGUGGACCCCGAGACGGUGACGCGCAGUUCCUCGGAGACAUCCUUCUUGCAGGCAGGCGUGAAGAGCGGCCGCCUUUACAUAUAUCCCAACACCGUCGCCAAGCGCAUCUUGUUUGACGGAGACAAAAAGGCUACAGCAGUUGAAGUUCAGAGCAGCUCGAAGAUCCAAAACUUGAAGUGGAGUCUCUCCGCUAAGAAUGAGGUCAUUGUUACCGCCGGGUUGUGGUACUCUCCUCAGCUCCUUAUGGUUUCUGGUGUUGGCCCUUUUGAGACCCUUAAGCAGCACGGCAUCAAUGUUGUGGCCGAUGUUCCGGGCGUUGGGCAGAACCAAUGGGCAAGUCAUGACUGCAUGUUUAGAGACCAACCCUUUCAGGCCCACAUCUUCAAGGUCAACGUUGAGACCAACUCUCAGAUUGUUGCCCACAACCCAAGCGUUCUCGCCGAAGCCGCAAACGAGUAUCUCACCAAGCAGUCCGGACAACUCUCCUCGAUUGGAGUCUGCCAGGCCGUUGGCUAUGAGAAAAUCCCCGCCCGACUCCGUCAGCGCGUACUCAGCAAUGCGACCACGGCGCUCCUUGACUCCUUCCCUGCCGACUGGCCAGACAUCAACUUCCUCGGUCUCGAGAGCUCCGGCAUCCCCCCCAACAUUGGCCCCGACGACUACUAUCUUCUCAUCGGUUCGACGCUUUAUUCGACUGCAGCUCGUGGCAACAUGACCAUCAAGAGUGCCGACAUGUUUGACCCGCCCGUCAUCAACCCCAACUGGCUUGGCGACGAGCGCGAUCUCGAGAUGGCCGUGGCGUCAUUCAUGCGAAUUCGCGAAGUGGCGUUCAACAGCACCAUUGUCGAGGCCACCUGGCAGCCUGGGCCUGAGGUCGAGACCAAGGAGCAGAUUGUGACCUGGCUGCGGGAGAACAUGAGCUUGACUUACCACGGUGCCUGCACCAACAAGAUGGGCACAGACGAUGACAUAAUGGCUGUGGUGGACACGCGUGGCAGAGUGCGCGGCGUAAAGAACCUGCGUGUUGGUGAUUCUAGCGCCUUUCCCAUUCUCCCGCCCGGGUACCCCAUGUCAAUAACGUCUCUGGACAAACAAAAUGCUACUCUUCUAAACUAA